GCCCUGUCUGGGAGUGUGCGACGCUGUUGGCGCUCAGAAGGAGGGUUAGCUAACUCGAAGCAGCAACUGGUGUGUGUAUAGGUGUUUCUGCUGCAGCAUGGAUUCUGUGCCAGAGCCCAGGUCAGUCAGACGUUCCCAUCGCACGUCAAAGUCACCGGACAACAACGCAGCCAAAGAGAGCGGCAAGACACGCAAGAUGACAAGCAACCUGCAGGAGACUCGGAGGAGAGGAAGAAUGGACAGAUGUAAAGGAGAAGAGGACAUAGCCAAUCAACUGCAGAACCUGGAUCUGGGCAACAAGGCUUCUGCCACAGGGACUGGUCUGGUGUUCAACAAAAUAUUCACCCACCAUCGCUGUCUCUGGGACCCCAGCCAUCCAGAAUGCCCAGAGAGAGUGAGCACCAUAAUGGAUAUGGUGGAGAAACAGGGACUGCUGUCUCGCUGUGUUAUGGUGGAGGCUAGGGCUGCGUCUAACCAAGAGCUGCGGUUAGUUCACACGAAGGAGUAUGUAGAUCUGAUGAGGUCCACUCAGCAGAUGGAUGAAGACCAGCUGAAGACGCUGGCUGACACCUAUGACUCCAUCUACAUCCACCCUGAGUCCUAUACGUGUGCCAGUCUGGCUGUGGGCUCUGUUCUGCAGCUGGUUGAUAAGGUCAUGACCUCAGAGCUCCGGAAUGGAUUCUCUGUUUCCAGACCUCCAGGCCAUCACGCCCAGGUAGACAAGAUGAAUGGUUACUGUAUGUUCAAUCACCUGGCCAUCGCAGCGCGCUACGCACAGACACACCAUCGGGUGGAACGAGUUCUGAUAGUGGACUGGGAUGUGCAUCACGGCCAGGGGAUCCAGUACGUUUUCCAGGAGGAUCCCAGUGUUCUGUACUUCUCAGUCCACAGAUAUGAGGAGGGUUCGUUCUGGCCCCACCUGCCUGAGUCAGACAGCAGUGCUGUGGGCACCGGGUCUGGAGAGGGAUACAACAUCAACCUGCCCUGGAAUAAGAUUGGAAUGAAAGAUGCAGACUACGUUGCAGCAUUCCAACAGCUUCUUCUGCCUGUAGCCUAUGAGUUCCAGCCUCAACUUGUCCUGGUGGCAGCAGGCUUUGACUCUGUGAUAGGUGAUCCCAAGGGGGAGAUGUCUGCCAGUCCUCAGUGUUUCUCUGUGCUAACUCACAUGCUGCGGGGCCUGGCUCAGGGGAAGUUGUUGCUGGUUCUGGAGGGAGGAUAUAACCUGCAGUCCACAGCAGAGGGGGCAUGUGCCUGUCUGAGGUCACUGCUGGGGGAGUCCUGCCCCCGCCUGGGGUCACCGUCCAUCCCUCAUGACAGUGCCCUGAAAUCCAUCUCCAGGUCCAUCUCUGCUCUGUACCCUUACUGGACCAGUCUGCAGGUACUAGAGGGAGGGCCUCUAUCAGACAGCGACCCCCUGACCCCAGCCCUGACCCCAGCCCUGACCCCAGCCCUGACCCCAGCCCUGACCCCAGCCCUGACCCCAGCCCUGACCCCAGCCCUGACCCCAGCAGAGAGCAGUGAGGGGCUUAGUGAAGAGGUCUGUGAGGAGAGAACAGGCAGCCUGGACCUGACCACAGGCCUGGUGUACGACCAAAGGAUGAUGGAUCAUCACAACAUGUGGGACAGCCACCAUCCAGAGCUUCCCCAGAGGAUCCAGCGUGUCUUCUCCCGUCAUGAGGACCUGGGCUUGGUGUCCCGUUGCCUAAGGAUACCGGCUCGACUCGCCUUAGAAGAGGAGCUGGCUCUGUGCCACAGUUUGGAGCACGUAGCCAAGAUGAAGGCUACAGAGAGCAUGAAGCCGAGAGACCUUCACAGACUGGGAGAUGAGUACAACUCUAUCUUCAUCAGCACCGAGAGCUAUAGGAGCGCCCGGCUGGCUGCUGGGGCCUGCUUCAAUACAGUACAGGCUGUUCUGACGGGACAGGUCCGUAAUGGCGUGGCCAUUGUGCGCCCCCCUGGUCACCAUGCAGAGAAGGACGCUGCCUGUGGGUUCUGUUUCUUCAACACUGCUGCCCUGACUGCCCGAUACGCCCAGUCCAUCUCCCAGCAGCCCCUGCGGGUCCUCAUCCUGGACUGGGAUGUUCACCAUGGCAACGGAACACAGCACAUCUUCGAAGAGGAUGACAGUGUCCUCUACAUGUCCCUGCAUCGCUACGAGGAUGGGACAUUCUUCCCUACUUCAGAGGAUGCGCACUACAACAGAGUGGGCAAGGGGAAGGGAGCAGGGUUCAAUGUCAACAUCCCCUGGAACGGAGCCAAGAUGGGCGACGCAGAGUACCUGGCCGCCUUCCACUCAGUGGUCAUGCCCAUUGCUAGAGAGUUUGACCCAGGCCUGGUGCUGGUGUCGGCAGGGUUUGAUGCAGCCAGAGGAGACCCUCUGGGAGGGUACCAGGUGACCCCCCCGGGCUAUGCCCACCUCACCCACCUCCUGAUGGGACUCGCAGGCGGCAGAGUACUGGUCAUCCUGGAGGGAGGUUAUAACCUGACCGCCAUCUCUGAGUCUAUGUCUGCCUGCACCAGUAUUCUCCUGGGAGACCCCCCUCUGUCCCUGCCUCCCUUGCCCCCACCUCACCCCAACGCAGCAGUCAGCAUCAACAAUGUCAUACGCACCCACGCCACCUACUGGCGGUCCCUCAGGAUACAGCUUCCAGAGUCUCUCCGCCUGUCUCUGCCUUCUCCCAAACCCAGAGGGAAGAGGACCUCUAAGGGCAAGAAGUCUCCCAGACAGGGUAACCAGGGCGGGACCGGACAGGGUAACCAGGGCGGGACCAGCCCGGGUCAGGAGUCACCUCAGACAGCACCUCUGCCCUCUGGUGGUCGGGGCGACCAUGACCUUGAUGACCUCACAAAGGGACUGGUGUCACUCGACCUAAACCGAAGUACCUCAGCCAAUCCCAGCCCAGCGUCUGUCCCAUUGGGAGGGGCCAGAUCGAAGGUGAGGCUCAGUCCUCCGAAGAACCCCGUUAUGGAGUUGAAGACGGAAGCUGUUCCAAGUACACCGGAGAUUCUCCAACCUACACCUGACAAGACAGAGACACAGGCGGUCGCCAUGGCUUCCACAGGCCCAGUUACCAAGGGAAACCAGGAGAGCGGUGCUGCGGCGGUGGAGGAAGGGGCGUCUGGUUACUCCAAGGAGCCGGUGUUUGAGCUGUUCUGUGGAGACCAGGACGUGGAUGGGAGCACUAUGUACGUGGUGGAUCCCCUGUCCUGGUGCCCUCACCUAGACUCAGUGAAGCCUGUUCCGGCUGGAGGGAUAGAUGUGUUCCGGCCCUGUGAGGACUGUGGGACCGACGCUGAGAACUGGAUCUGUCUCUGCUGUUACAAGGUGUACUGUGGUCGCUAUGUCAACCAGCACAUGAUAACCCACGGCUUGGUGUCGGAUCACCCUGUGGUGCUGAGCUUUGCUGACCUGUCGGUCUGGUGCUACCCCUGCCAGGCCUACGUCCACAACCAGGUGGUGUUUGAAGCCAAGAACGCUGCUCACUGUGUGAAGUUUGGAGAGGACAUGCCCCUCUCUAACUAAAGCCAUAGAGGGAGGACGACACGGAGAGAGAGAGGACGUGGAACAUAUGUUGUUGUGAAAGCAAAAUAUAAAAGACCACUGUUCUGGUCUCGGUGCUAUUGUUAGUGGCUCUGCCUGCUCGGCAGACAUGAUUGUGCCUUUAAAUCUCUCUUUAUCUCUCUCUCUUUAUCUCUCUGUCUCUCUCUUUAUCUCUCUCUCUCUCUCUUUAUCUAUGUCUCUC